AAAAUCUAGCCGACGCUCACCUUGGUCUCCGGCUCAGUAGUUGAGGACACGCUACUCUACUCUGCCCAGGCUCUAAACCUCGGCUGCGGCGAGCUGACAACCACGUCGAUUUCUACGCCUCCAAGGCCACGCUUGCGCCGCCUUCACCAAGCUCCCAGCCUCGGCUGCGGCAGCAAACGCGGAGACCCCGUUGAGCUCCUGAUCUACGGCGUAGCUAUGACCACCAGCACGUCAACACGCUACGGGUAACUUCGAAUUUGGAGUAUCUAGCAGCUCUUGGAUCCUCUUCGAUGUUCGAUCUGGUCUGAGGAAGCUCUUGGUUCCAAGAGUUGACUAACUGACUUGUGCACACAAGUCCACCUAACACCGAAGUAUUGAACUACUCAAGAUAACAAGACUUUGGUGGUACGACUACAACUACUGUACACAUCGAUCACAGUUCCUCUGCUCAGUCUGCGCUCUCUUGGACGCAACGCAAUUGGUUGCCGCGUGUGCGCAAGAGAGCAGAGGCCAGUAGCCAUGACCGGGGCAGCAGAGAUGGUAGCCGGAGCCGUUGUGGAGCAUGUCGCCGGCAAGCUCAGCGAAACCACGUUGGAGAGGAUUGUGGGAAUGCUCUGGAACUUCAAGGAUGAUGUUCAGGACAUGAAGAAACAAAUGGGGACCCUACAGGUUGUGCUUAGCUACGCCGACAAGCGCUCACGAGGGAGAGGGACGACUGACGAUGAUGCGUAUCACCAUGUCAAAUAAGAUGAGAAGUAUCAGGCUGCAGUUAGAUAGGAUUGCUGAUGAUGUCAAAAAAUUUAAUUUCCUCCUACCUCCGGUGUCGUCAAUAGAGCAAGCUAAUAAUGAAAGGGGGAGAGAAACGUACAUUGGUGCUAGAGAUGAUGUUCAGAUGGUGGGAAGAGAAAAAGAGAAGAAGCAUAUCCUCAAGCUAUUCCAAAACAAUGGAGAUCGAGAAAGCUCUAUCAUUGCUAUUGUUGGCCUUGGUGGAAUGGGUAAAACAACUAUUGCAAAAUUUGUUUACACUCUCAAGGAAAGCAAUGAGUUUCACUUUGAUCUAAAAGCAUGGGUCUAUGUCUCAAUGGACUUCAAACUAGAGAAAGUUAUUGCUGAUAUUAUCUCUGAGCUAGAUGGUCGCAUUAUUCCAGUAAAAGAUGUUACUCUGCAGCAUCUAAAAUCUCAGCUUGAAAACAUACUCUAUGGCAAGGUCUAUCUUAUUGUGUUAGAUGAUUUAUGGGAGGAAAGUAAACAUACCAUGAAGGAGCUGGUGGACAUGUUACAAUCUGGAAAGAAAGGCAGCAAAAUAGUAGUAACCACUCGUAGUGAAAAUGUUGCUAGUACACUCUUUGACGUGGGGUCUUCACAUUUUCAUCUGGUUGAACAAAUUAAACUAGAGGGUUUAUCAGAUGACGAAUGCUGGUCUAUCAUGAAGCCUCAUAAUUUAGGAGAUGAUCAAAUUAUUGACUUUGUGGACAUUGGUAAAAAAUUGCAAAACUAUGCAAUGGAGUACCUCUAGUUGCUAUGGCUCUUGGUUACAUCAUGCGGAAGAAUUGGAGAAGGAUGGCUUGAAAUCAAGGACAGUAAUAUAAUGGAUAUCACGGAUGAUGACAAGGGAAUUCGGAAGGGCCUGCUGCGAAGCUAUCACCACAUGCCUCCACAACUUCAACUUUGUUUCAUGUAUUGCUCUAUCUUUCCUAAGAGUCGUGAUAUUGAUCAUGAUAGCUUGAUCCAGCAAUGGAUUGCUUUAGGGUUCAUUCAAAGUAGUGACAAACAACUACUUCAAAAGAUUGGUACUGAAUAUGUUGAUGAUAGGGAUGUCCUUCUUUAAUAUCUUGACUUGUCCUACAGUAUCAUCUGCAAGGAUAUUCAAACCCACACUUAGACUUCGUAUGCAUGAUAUGGUAGAUGAUCUUGCAAGACAUACUGCUGGUGAUGAAUUGUGGUACACAAAUGGUGCAGAAAACAUCAAUACGAUGAGAGAUAAAUUGAAUUGCAAAUAGCAUUUAUUGAUAAAUGAUAACAAGACAUCAUCGAUGACCUAUAAAGCUUUGCCAACAAAGGUAAGGGCCAUCAGUUUUAGGGAAUGUGAUAGACUACAACUUCCUCAGCAAGCACUCUCACACAUGUUAUAUUUGAGAGUUUUGGAUUUGAGUGGAUGCCAUGUGACAAUGCUACCAGUUUCUGUUUACAAAUUAAAGCUAUUAAGGUAUCUUGAUGCCUCUACCCUUCCUAUCUUAAACUUAUCAAAAUCCUUGAACCAUCUGCUAAACCUACAGACCUUGAUACUUUCAAAUACUUCCCUGAACAUAUUACUCAAAAAUAUUGGUUGCCUUCAAAAGCUGCAAUACUUCGACCUAUCAGGAUGUGUCAGCCUUUGGGAGCUUCCCAUUUCUUUUGGAAACCUAAGUGCUCUUCUUUUCCUAAACCUGGCAAGCUGCCAUGAACUGCAUACACUUCCAAAAUCCUUUGGCGAUUUGCAUAGGCUUCAGUUUUUGAACCUAUCUGAUUGUUACAAACUCCAAUCACUACCAGAUUCUUGUUCUCAGCUUCAUGUUCUGACACAUCUUGAUCUAUCAGACUGCUAUAACCUUGAAGAGCUCCCAGAUUGGAUUGAUAAACUGUCUAAGCUUGAAUAUCUGAACAUGACAAGUUGUUCCAAGGUUCAAAUUUUGCCAGAUUCUCUAUGCAAACUCGUGAUGUUAAAGCAUCUAAAUUUGUCAUUUUGUGUAAAGCUUGAACACCUACCUUUUUCUAUUGGUGAUUUACGACUUCAAAGUUUGGAUAUUGAAGGCUGUUUUUUCCAUGGGAGCUUGCCCGUUAGCAUAUUUAACAUAUUUAACAUGUCUACACUUCAGACUUUUGAGGCAAGACUAGCAUUUGAAGAAGAUGAAGUUAAAAAAGUGAGAGAGACUCUGAAUUUACAAGGAUAUUGUAAUCUUGAUGGAGGAAGCAAUGAUCUAUGGAGUCAAAUUACAGAGCUCGAGAGUACUCUUUGCAAUGAGCUGAGGAUAGACGGCCUUGAGGAAGUCGAGCAUCUAGAAGGGGCAGAGCAAGGCAAACUGUCCACCAACUUGAAGCUUACAAAGCUGUUUCUUGGAUGGGAACAUAAUGAAGAUAGUCCGGUGGAGCAGGCAGAUGCAGCUACUGCCAUAUCAGUGUUGGCGAAGCUUCUGCCUCCUAGAAGUCUCCAACACCUCGACGUACGUGGUUAUAUGAGCAUAGACUUCCCUAGGUGGAUGCUGGACAUUUCUUCCAACCUACCUCAUCUUACCACCAUCUUUCUUGUCGAUCUAAAUCAGUGCAACUGCCUCCCCCCUCUUGGGCGCCUGCCAAACCUCAGAGCAUUGACCUUGACGGGAAUGCCCAAUAUCAAGAAUGUUGGUAGGGAAUUCUAUGGGGACUACAGGAGCUGCCAAAAGCUAAGAAUAAUUUAUUUGAGAUCAAUGGACAGCUUGGAGGAGUGGUGGACAACAAGAUCGUCUGCUGAAGGAGAGUUUUUAAUCCCUAAUUUGCAUUUGUUGGUUGCUUUGGAUUGCCCGAAGCUGAAGUUCAUACCUUACCCCCCAAGGAGCAUGGUGUGGUCGCUAGAAAACAGCAAUCACGUGCUGCCAGAACAUGGGUUUGGGAACCUAUUAUCUAGUAGUUCUCCAUUUUACCUUACGAUUGGGGAGGCAUCUAUUUCUUCUGAGGUGUGGCGUCGGACCCAACGCCUCUCUUCAAUCGAGGUUCUGAACCUUUGUGAUGUUACCGACCUUAGAAUCUUGCCGGAUGCUAUUCGAUGCUUCAAGUCCCUCCGAACACUCGAGAUAGACUUAUGUGUGGACUUAGAGACACUGCCAGAAUGGUUGGGAGACUUGACUUCAUUGAGAGAAAUUCGUAUCAGCGAGUGCCCAAAGCUUUCUUCGUUGCCGGAAAGCAUACGUGGCCUUACUGAGUUGAAGAAACUACGGAUAAGUAAAUGCCCAGAACUGUGUGAGAAUUUACAAGGAGAGGACAAGCACAAGAUGGCUCAUAUUCAAGAGGUCACAUAUGUGUAGCUGAUGAUUCCCACGUCAUCAACUGCGUGCAAAAUCUAGCAUGAGAGCUACCUCCUGGGUGCAUUACCAAGACGCGAUGUUGGUCUGGGUGAAGCGAAUGCUGUCGUGCUGCCCAUGUGCUCCAUACUGCAGAGGGAUAAGCAUGCUUGCACACACAAUACAUGCCUGCAUUAGCUUGUGGAGUUGUAUAAUGUCGAGACCCCAGCUCGAUCGUGUACGGCGUCAGCAUGCCGGCUCAGUAACGGCGCGGGUUGAAGCUUGUCGCAGCACCAUCCUGUGUGGGCUCACCACCAUGAUUUCGAUCAGUUUAUAUGAUUUUGUAUAAUGGAACGAGAGACAAGGUGGUUGAGAUGAUCUCCGGUCUGAUUCUGAUCUGGGUGUGUGUUGCUUGUUCCGUCCUACUUUCUGCCAUGUUGCUUUAAUUUAGCAAUUUGUAUUGAGCCAGCUAGCUGCACAUUCCCAGCUAGCAAUUUUUGCGAACACAUGGUUGAUCAUUUCCCAUGUGAUUCGAUUUUGUGAUGAGUGAUUGUCAACAUUGACAUUUUGGAUCUGUUUUUCUUUUCUCUUUUCCUUCGGGUAUUCUAAUCUGGCACACGAGGUGUGUCGUCUGGAACGUGUUUCUUCGGCUUGUGUUGUGCAGGAGUCGAGUCGGGAGAUGGUGGUCGACGGCGAGGUGAAGAUCAAGUAGGACGUACCGUGACGACGGACCGCGGAGGUAAGGACGGACGUGAGGCUUGGAUCGAGGGACCGGAUCGCCGGGUGGCUAGCCAUGUGGCUGACACUUGGCACAUCGACAAGCGCGAGGACACGUGGAGUGACCGUGUUGACCGGGUCAAGAUGGCGAGCGUCGAAGUAGAGCGCGGAGCUCAGAGGACUUGGCGGCCCGGAUGAUCGAGGACUGCGGUGACACGUGUCAGGCCCGGUUUGAUGGUUUGGGCCUCAAAACCAUCGGUGGCGGGUUUACGGGUUUGGGCUUCAAAACACGGGCGGAGGUUCCGAGGACGGAAGUCUCGGAAGGACGGCACGUGAUGGCAUCGGGGAGGUUGCGUGGAUGCAAGGCUACCGAUGAGGAGGUGCGGUGGCCGUCGGAUCAAGGUGUGACCCCGAGUCGACGAAAAUAGCCCUAGGGUUAAUUAGUUGGCUCAUGUAUCUUAGGGGUAGAAUCGGCAGAGGAAAAAUACUAUAACAUGAGGGCUUGCCCCUCCUUCUCCUCUUGCCUCUCAUUUUCCCAUUCUCUAGCUAGGGUUUCCAGAUUUCCAGAACAGUGAGAGGUCCACUGCAGUUGUAGUGUUUGUUCGUGGGAAGCGCACCCCUGUAGUGUGCGCGUGUCCUCCGGGAUUUUGGAUCAA